AUGGAGCUAGGAGAGCCCCCGGCGGAGCCCCUCAACCUGUCCCGAGCCGCGGCAGAGACGCUCCGCGCGGAGUUCAACCUGUCCGGGCUGCCGGAGGCGGAGGGGAAGCCCCUCUUCGGCAUCGGCAUCGAAAACUUCAUCACCUUGAUCGUCUUCGGCUUAAUCUUCACCCUGGGGGUGCUGGGCAACACCCUGGUGAUCACGGUGCUGGCGAGGAGCAAGCCAGGCAAGCGCCGAAGCACCACCAACAUCUUCAUCCUCAACCUGAGCAUUGCCGACCUGGCCUACCUGCUCUUCUGCAUCCCCUUCCAGUCCACGGUCUAUGUGCUCCCCACCUGGGUGCUGGGAGCCUUCAUCUGCAAGUUCAUCCACUACUUCUUCACCAUCUCCAUGCUGGUGAGCAUCUUCACACUCUCGGCCAUGUCUGUGGACCGGUACGUGGCCAUUGUGCACUCCCGACGCUCCUCAGCCUUGCGUGUUCCCCGCAACGCGAUGCUGGGUGUGGGGCUCAUCUGGGCACUCUCCUUUGCCAUGGCCUCACCUGUGGCUCACCACCAGCGCAUCUUCCACCGCGAGGCCAGCAACCAGACCUUCUGCUGGGAGUUCUGGCCCAACCCACGCCACAAGAAGGUCUAUGUGAUUUGCACAUUCAUCUUCGGAUAUCUGCUCCCACUGCUGCUCAUCUCCUUCUGCUAUGCCAAGGUUCUUAAUCAUCUGCAUAAGAAGUUGAAAAACAUGUCAAAGAAGUCAGAAGCAUCCAAGAAAAAGACAGCACAGACUGUGUUGGUGGUGGUAGUGGUUUUUGGCAUCUCCUGGCUGCCUCAUCAUGUGAUCCAUCUCUGGGCUGAAUUUGGAGUUUUCCCACUGACUCAAGCCUCCUUUCUCUUCAGGGUAACUGCACACUGCCUGGCUUACAGCAAUUCUUCUGUGAACCCAAUCAUAUAUGCAUUUCUAUCUGAAAAUUUUAGGAAGGCCUACAAACAAGUCUUCAAAUGCCAGAUUGGUAAUGAGUCACUUCUGAAUGAUGCUAAGGAAAAUAAAAGUCGGAUAGAUACACCACCCUCUACCAAUUGUACCCAUGUGUGA